CGAGGGGGGCGGCGGGAGCGGCAGGUAGGGCGGGGCCUGCGCACCUGGGCCGGGCAGGAGGAGGCGCGCCCGGCAGGGACUGGGCGUGGGGAGCCAGGAGGAGGAGAAGGAGGAAGAGGAGGAGAGAGGCAGGCUCGCGGGUGGGCAGCGGUUGGCACGGAGCCCCGCGCACCCGCCGCAGUCCCGCCCGCGCUUCUCCCCGCCUGGCACGGCGUCCGAGGUGAGGUCCGGACGCCAGGAGCGCCGGCAGCGCCGGGCGCCCGGGCAUGAAGAUGGCUGUGGGCGCCGUGAAGAUGCAGCCCCCGCCGGCCGAGAGCCCGGAGCCGGCCGAGCCCGGGGCGUCGGGGGCCGCCGGGGCCCCGGGGGGGAGACGCCAGCUGCGGAGAGGAGGGAGCCCGGGAACCCCCGAGCAGCCGCAGCCCCCCGAGCCCCAGCUGCGGCACCGGCUGCGGGACCUGCCGGCGCUGCUGCGCAGCGGGCUCACCCUGCGCAGGAAGAGGAGCGCCGGUGGCGGCGGCAGGACCCUGUCAAGAAGAAUUUCAAAUCCAUACCUAGAACACACUGCUUCGCAGAUUUAUGGAGAGAAUUCCUCCUGCGCUGGGAGAGCCCUGAGGAACAUCUUUACAGUGCAAGCAUCUGACCUGAUAAAAGACAGAGUGAACCUUAAGGGAGUUUACAGGAGGAGCUGUGUGGGAUCCGAGCUGGUGGACUGGCUUUUGGAGAACUGUCCGUUCGUUCAGUGCCGCUCUAUGGCUGUUGGGGUGUGGCAGCUCCUGCUGGACAUGGGAAUUAUUCUCUCAGUGGACCACCAGCUGUAUUUCCAGGACACUUACGUUUUCUACCAGUUUUCCUCCGACGAAUGCAGCUACCUGUACUGUGAAUACGAAAGGGCCGAAGAGUGGCAGAAUGGAGUGCGCCUCCUGUUGCAGCUUGUGCCCCUCAGCCCGGCCAGGGCGGACGACUGUGACCUGCCCCAUCAGAAAAUUGAAGAUACGGAAGAAAGCAGUGAUGAACUUCUUGUCCGUCUCACGUCUGCGGUUCAGAGGGAACUUGCUGCCGUCAUUGCUUUCAAAGCCAGGAAGGCAGCUCUCGAUCAAGAUGAAGAGAGUGAGAAUGCGCCAACAGCGGCGUCUGAGGAUGACAGGCUCUCCGACUCCCAGGCAGGAGUGAUGUGCAAACUUCAGGAGAGGGACGACAUCGGGCGAAUUGAACUCGUCCAGAAACUCGCCAGAGAAAACUGCCAGUUUCUACAGACGGACAGAAAGGAGCAGGAGAAGUCUGAGCAACAAGAUGAUGAAGUGACAACCUUGCAAGUUAAAGGGGAAGACGGAACUGUCCUGGUAUUCAAGAAGGUGUCGUCAUGCGGGCCGGCCCCCACGUCAGGGAGUGGCCACACUGAUUGGAGAUACGUGGUGGUGUCGGGGACGCCCGAGAAGAUCCUGGAGCACCUCCUCAAUGACUUGCACCUGGAAGAAGUCCAGGACAAAGAGACAGAGACCCUCCUGGACGACUUCCUGCUCACCUACACCGUCUUCAUGACCACGGACGACCUGUGCCAGGCGCUCCUGAGGCACUAUUCUGCUAAGAAAUACCAAGGCAAGGAAGAGAACUCGGACGUGCCGCGUCGGAAGCGGAAGGUCUUGCACCUCGUGUCCCAGUGGAUCGGGCUCUACAAAGACUGGCUGCAUGAGGACGAGCCCUCCAAGAUGUUUCUAAAGACGAUAUACAGGAAUGUACUCGACGACAUCUAUGAAUACCCAGUCCUUGAGAAAGAGCUGAAGGAACUUCAGAAGAUCCUCGGGAUGCACCGUAGGCACACCGUGGAUGAAUACUCACCGCACAGGAAGAACAAAGCUCUUUUCCACCAGUUUAGUCUUAAGGAGAACUGGCUCCAGCACCGAGGAACCGUGGGGGAAACAGAGGAAAUUUUCUGCCACGUGUACAUCACGGAGCACUCGUACAUCAGCGUCAAGGUCGGGGUCUCCAGCACGGCUCAGGACAUCCUCAAGAUCGUGGCCGGGAAGCUCCAGCACGCUCAGGAGGAGCUGGUCCUCGUGGCGGUCGCCUUCUCAGGGGAAAAACAUGAACUUCAGCCAAAUGACUUGGCCAUCUCAAAAUCACUGGAGCUAUCAAGUCGGAUCUAUGUCUACCGGAAGGAUCUGUCAGAGACUUUGAGCCCCCUGGUGGAGAGUGAGGAAUCCCAGCAAAGGUCUCUGAGAAUCUUGGGAAUGAACACAUGGGACCUGGCCAUGGAAUUAAUGAACUUUGAUUGGAGCUUGUUCAACUCGAUUCAUGAGCAAGAGCUGAUUUACUUCACAUUCAGCCGACAAGGAAGCAGCGAGAACACGGUGAACCUCAGUCUCCUGCUGCAGAGAUGCAACGAAGUCCAGCUGUGGGUGGCCACGGAGAUCCUGCUGUGCAGCCAGCUCUGUAAGCGAGUUCAGCUGGUGAAAAAGUUCAUCAAAAUCGCUGCUCACUGCAAAGCCCAAAGAAACCUGAAUUCUUUCUUUGCCAUUGUCAUGGGUCUCAACACAGCAUCGGUCAGCCGGCUGUCUCAGACCUGGGAGAAAAUCCCUGGGAAAUUUAAGAAACUUUUCUCAGAGUUGGAGAGUUUAACGGACCCUUCCCUGAAUCAUAAAGCCUACAGAGAUGCGUUCAAAAAGAUGAAGCCUCCCAAAAUCCCCUUCAUGCCUCUCCUCCUUAAAGAUGUGACAUUCAUCCAUGAAGGAAAUAAAACUUUCUUGGAUAACCUCGUCAAUUUUGAAAAGCUGCACAUGAUUGCAGAUACCGUCCGGUCCCUGAGGCACUGCCGGAAUAAUCAGUUUGGAGGUGAAGUGUCUCCCAAGGAGCACCAGGAGCUCAGAUCCUACGUGCAUCACCUGCACGUCAUCGACAACCAGCAGGUGCUGUUUGAGCUUUCCCACCGGAUCGAGCCGCGGGCGUGAGCACCGCGCCAGCCGGGCGGGCGGACCCUGGGCACUCUGGGUUACGGGAAUGUCGAUGCCAAGCAUGUGGCUUUCCUCCUGAAAACGGAUUCGCUGAGUUUUAUCAGUCACUCCCGAGGCGCCUGUGGGCGACGCCGGGCAGCGUGAGAAGGUGCCAGCCUUUGGAUGGGAGGGGGCGCCGGGCUCUCCCCGGACAGCUGGAGCUGGAGAGGAAGGGGAAGCAGCAGCCGGCAGGACCCCUGUCUUCUUCUCACUUUAAUUUGGGUGCCAGAGUUAAUAGCAUCAUUUGCCAUGCCGUGUCACGUCCUGUUAGGACAAAUCAUUUCAAGCAGAAAGCCCGGGACCCAGAGAGGGAAGGGAUUUCCCAGAUCCCUUGGAAUCUACUUCUCAGCAGAUCCCACUGCACUGAGUGAGAGGCAGCCCUGGGUCAGACCCAGAGGCCCCACCUCAAGGACCUGGGCUCGAGCCCCAUCAUCGACGCAUCCCAGUGUUGGGACCCUGAGCAAAUCCCUUCCCUUCCUGGGUGAAGAUGAGAAGGAAAUCUGCAUUGUUGCCUGGAGUCCUCACGCUGGCCUGGCCAAGAAAAUUUACUUUUUUCUAAGACCUUGAAAAAAGUCCCAUCAUUUGUCCCUUUUCCUACUUAGUUGUGGUUUCUCCAAGAGAAUAGCAAUGAAACCACACGGGAGGAUACACGUAAAUGUUAACACAAACGUAGGAAGAGUCAUCCCCACCUUUUCUGCUUACGUUCUGAAGCUUGCAUUUUCCAGAGCUCCACUUUUUUUUUUUUUUAAGCCACGAUUGUGUAAAGAUCCACACUUAGGAAUGAAAUUAUUUUCUGCACAGCUGGCUAAUUUAAUGAAAAUUAUUUGGGCCAAUUAGGCAAAUUAUGCCAAAUUGCAUCUCCCAUAAGGGCAGCAUUGUUAAUGACUGCCUUAAAAAACCUGCACUUAGUAUAAUUUCUGAGGAUUUUUUUUCCACACAUCUAACUGAAACCUGACCCACUCUUGCGUGAUUUCUUGUGAGGUCUUUGAAAGGCACCAGCCACCUAGGAAUUAAAAAGGGCUGAAUUCUCGUCCCAGCCACUGUCAUUUGCACACUCUGGGACCUGGGAAUAAUUUCCCUGCCUGCAAUAUGGAACUUUACUGUUCCCACCCAGAACAGUAUGGGGACAGACGAGAGGAGAUAGAUGGAAGGUGAGCUCUUCUCAAUGGGAGGGUUGCUAUGAUUUCAGCACGUGAAAACAAAUUUAAAUUUUCAGUGAAAUGAACACGCUCCCUCGUGUUUAGCUGAAUUAUCAUCACUUCCCCAAGAUAGUGAAAACACCAUCUCCAAAUGGGAAAGGCCAUUGAGGACCAUUUGGCCCAAACUCCAGGUCUGAGCAGGACUUCUCUCUCUCAUUCAUCUUGAUUUUAAUCAAUUCCAACUCAUUUUCACUUUCUAUGAUUCCUAUGGCAGGUUUGCAAAGGGCACAAAUUUAUGUAUUAUUAGUUCCAUUUCCAUUUUAGUGAACACAAUGCUGGGUUCAAAUCCUGCCAUUUUGGUUCUUUGGACAAGUCAUUAGCCUGUAUGUGCCUGAGGCAAUUCCCUGGGCCUUAUCUAUAGAGAUGGAUUGCAAUGUAUAUCUUUGGAGGGCAUUUCCAUCCUGGGAAAGCUCUAUGCUGAGAUCACAAAUCCUUUGUCUAUUUGUGUCUCCGUCCUUAAUAAGGUUUUCAAACUACCUUCCUCCUCAAUCUGCGUGCCCUCAAGCAACACUUUGGUUUCAAUUCAUUAAAAUCUUAGUCAUCUUCAUUGUCAGAAAUAAAUGAAAUAUUUUCAAUAACAUUAUUAGAGCCCUGUUUCCUGGGGCUCAGCAAAUACAUGUCUGUCUGUGACUGUACACAAAAAUACACAGACACUUGUACAAAUACACACGUGGGUAUAUAUGAAUAAUAUAGAAUACUUUAUAUAACAUGUAUUUUAUAGAAAGUAUAUGAGAGAGAGAAAUCCACGCACCUACAUAUGGGGGGGAAAUAUUGGUAGGCCUUUAAGAGAACGGAUUUGUUUCAUCUUGGUCUGAAACCAUUCAGGGCCAGAGAUGGGAGGCCACGGCGACCCACUCCUCACAAAGUCUGAACAGGGUGCUUGUGAGUAGGGGGCUGCUUGAGGGAUACAGUGGGACCAGGACAGAGCCAUCUCAUAGCACAGCCUCAAGAAAAAUGAUCUUGGUGAGUCAACACUUCCUCUAUUUUUUUUUCUGGGAAGUAUGGCUUACCUUAGGCAACUUUGUUUGAAUUUUUAUGAUCGGGGAAAAAAGCGGCAAAUAUGACUAACUCGCAUUUGGAAGAUGAGCGAAGCAAGCCAGGUUUUUUAACCCUAAAACUCUACAUUUUGCUAAUUAAAAGUAUAGAUUUCCUCUCUUUCAGCCAUAACCCUUCCUUUAGUGAAGAGUCUUUCUGGAGAAUUCUGAGCCACAGCCCUGAGGGCCAAUGGCCCCUGAGGUAUGGCACCAUGGCCAGCUCCAGCCGUGUUGAGGUCUUAUUGAAAUGCCUUUUCUGAGCAUGUCAUCGUACUGUGAGGGGAAAAGGAUGUAGUCAAUGGGAAGAGGCAAUUUGCUCGGGAAGAGAACCAAUCCCCGGCAUCCUUUACUUUGUCCAGGCCCUCCUCUAGGUCAACUGGGAGUGACCCAACACAAAGACAAUAAGGUAUUUCUCACCUUUAUCCUCCAGACCCUUUUCUAAUAUCUAACUCUUACUUAAGGGACUGAACAGACUAAAAAGAUCAAUAGGUUCACAGAGCUUCUUGGAUAAUAGCUACAUCCCAAGAACAAAAAUGGAGGUCCAGCUCGAUAUCCCAGAACUUUCUAAUAAUUUGAGCCACCCAACAGCCCCCAGUUUCCCAUUCUGAGCAAGUCAUAUUCUCUCUCUGGGUCUUGGCUCCCUUACUUCUAAAAUGAAGGUGUUGAACCAGCCUUGUAAAGUUCUUCAAUUCCAGGGAAAGGGGUUGCUCCAGAGUCCUAGUUCGCAGCCAUUAAGGAGCCUUCAAGUAACAAGCAGAUGGCCAUCUGCUAUUGGAGGGAUUCCAGAACCCGGUGGGAAUUGUGACCAGGAUCUGAGAUUCUGGGAUCUCUUCUGCAGUUUCAUGAAAUCAUCCCUGACUCAGAAAUUCUCUGGGGAUCUUUACCAGCUCGAACUUGGGCCUUUCCCAGUGGACCCUCCCUAUCAGGGUAGAACUUCUACAAGUGUGUCUCUGGAUACCCGGCUUGCCAAUAAAUCGGGCUGUGUCAGGAGGGAGUCUGGCCCAGGACGCUGAGCACGGACCCCCGUGAAUAAGCAACAUGCAAGCACUUCCUUCUCUUCACAGGCAGACUGAAGACUCAGCUGUUACUUGCCAUACUGUAGUCACCAAGCCCUUCGAGAGAUGACUUUUAGGACCAGAUUUUCAAGGCUAAAUGUCACACAGUGGUUAUUUUGAGUCUUUUCCCUGAAAACUGGACUCAAAGGGAUACCAUUUUCUCCAUUGUAGCUUAAGCAGGAAAAGCCACAUUCAAGUCCAGAGGGAAAAGAGCAGCCAUCUUGU